CUGCAGAAAAGAUGUCCGUUGCAGCUGGCCACGUUAAAGCUCUGAUUCCAGAAGUCUACAAAGAACAAAAAGGACGUAUUGAAAACUUUGGAUUAAACCAAAAGUUUAAAGAAAGAGUUCUUGAGUCCGUGAAGCUGCAUAUUGAUAGAACCGUCUACACACAGAGAAAAGAUCGAAUCAAUGGACACGUAAUGGAGAUACUAAAAUCACUUGAAAACGAAUGCACUACAGACACAAAAUUGCAGGACUUUGAAAAAGACAGUGAGGAACGGCUAGCCUUGCAAAUUGUUGAUGUUGAGAUUGCUCAAAAAAUGUCCGAAAUCAUUCAGCAGUUGAAGAAGGAAUACAUUGAUUCUAAUUUAGAUGAAAUUCUUGAAGAAGUCGAAUCAGAUGAAGCUGAAUUACUUGUUACCUCAAGUAAACUUAGAUUUCUUAACAAAACUAGAGGCCACCCUGAUAAAUCAUUUGCAAGAAAAGCAGGGCGUAUAAGAGAAAAAAUACAAAAUAUUGUUCUUUCAAGCAUAGAGAGAAAAUACGACGUAGGUACAGAUGUCAGCUUGUUAUCAACAUGUGAACAGGAAAUAUUAAGAGAUUUGCCGAUAUGGAGUGACGAUGACACCAACUUUCCCAAAGUUAUUAAAGGUCUGUUUUGGCGUCUAUUAGAUAAUGAUUUGGCCAGAAAAAGUGGCGCACUUCAUAAGCAUAAGGGAAAUUACAGACUGAACAAACAUUUUUAUGAUCGAAUGCAAAAGUUCGCCCGUGGUCCUUCAUCAGUCCCGAUACCAACGCAUGUGCGCGAAAAGGUUAAAAAAUUCUUAGACGACAUUCGUUUAUACAAAAUAGACACAAACUUUUAAUCACGCGAUGGAAGUACUCAAUAAAACCAGCACUCGGUCAUAAAUCAAGUACGAUUUGUCAGUUGCACUGGCUUGUUGUUUGAAGAAGAAACUGAGAGUAUAUAAUUCCGAACGGCUGGAAAUAAGGUGUUUUAACUUUUUUGUGUGUUUAUAACUUCAAUAUUUUUAUGGUGCAUGUUUUUUUAUAGAUUUAUUCCCAAACUUUUCAAUUUAUCAAUUAUUUGAUAUAGUACUCGCAUUUUACAUAAGAUACACAUCCUAUUCUUGGGAAUAUUGACGACUGAGGAAUGAUUAAAAUAUCUAAAUAACUUGUUUCCCUUUUUCUUUUCAUGUAUAUUUAACUUCGAUGUACUAAUUAAUGUUUUAUGAUUUUUUUUCGAAAUGUAUAUCGAUGCUUAUCUAUGCAAUAAAAGUGUAACAACUA